AUGAAUAAGUGUCCCCUGGUUCCUGCUUUGCCAUCAUCAACUCACCACCGACUUCAAAUGGACCCAACCGAUACCAAUUCCCAAGAGCAUGAGGGUGAUUUCAUUAACAUCACCCAGCUUUCAAAUCCGGCAGGCGAUGAAAAUGUUGAUCACCCCUCGGCGGAUGAAGUAACGAACCAAACCGAUGUUUCUCCCCCGCAAUAUUUUCUUGACUCCAAAAUUUUGUUAAAAUGUGUUGUAGGAACCGAUACAACACAAGAAACGAGCAGGAAAGAUGAUGGAUCUGAAACUGAAAAUGACGUGGGUAAAGAGAAACAUUUGGAGAAAGACCACGAGGGAAGUUGGAGCAAUGUAGAAGACAAGAAAGGUCAUGAGGAUGUGCUGAAGGAGAUAAAAAUGCCAAAGACUCAUGAUCUCUACUGUUCAAAGUGCACUCACAACAUCACCGGAACUGCUAAACUCUUUAAAAAGGGACAAGAGACUUUUCCUUAUAACAUAGAUAGAUUCGUAUUCGUUAUCAUUUUCUCGUUCAAGUACCCUUUCAUUUACAUCCCAUGGUUGUAUAACAUCACCCAAGGUAUGCAUUUAUAUACACACAUCCAGUUAAAACCAUCCAAUCUGAUCCUAUCCAUCGACCUGAAGCCAGACAAAACCAACCAGCUUCUUACUCCUGAAGAGCCAGUCAAAAGACUCAAAACCGACCAGCCUAUACCUCCUGUUUCUCCUAAAGAGCCAGUCAAACUCAACCAGCCUAAUCCUCUUCCUCCAAAAGUCCCAUCUGAUCCAAAACGGGACAAUACUUUGGCUACACUGCUAGUAAAUAUACGAGAGAAACUUUUGCCAAACCGUUUGCCAAGGCUCAGUCCCACUUCUCAGCGGUUCCUAUUGGUUUUGGUUCUGCUAUUGCUGUCAGUCAUUCUUCUGCUGACCCUGCCUUCUCGGCCAUCAGGCCCAUCACCACCAUCACCACCACCACAGCGUCCAAGUAAGCAUGGAAAUUCAAAGGAGACUGAUGUUCAGCUAGGUCCAGGAGAAAAUGUUCCAGAGAAUGGGGAAGGAGGCGACGUCUCGUUUUCCUGGCUCACAAACUUCUUGAGUAGCAAUUACCUUUCCAUAAUCUUAUUGUUGUUCCUAGCCAUUCUGGCUGUGCUCUGGCGUUCCAUGAUAGGUGAUUCCUUUAUCUUUCAUUUGCUCUUUUGUCACCUAACUUUCCUAAAUAUUUACCAAAGCCAUCAAUAUAUAUGUUGCAGAGGUCAUCCGUAUAAAGCUCUUACAACUAAAGCUAGACAUCCUGAAGAGUAUUGUAUACGGAGGUCUAAUCGAGUCCAUCACAAGCUUUGGUGUUGUAUCCUCCGCUGCUGCUUCCGGAACUUCCACUCAAUAACAGACAAGGGACGCUACCAAGAAGCUGCGAUUUUCGUCGCCGCAUCUCUGGUCUGCGUCAUAUCUCUCUCCUUUGCCAAAGCUUACGCCUUUGGCAUGGAUAAACUCAAGACCGUGGCUGCAUACACUGGAAUAGCGAUUGCUGGAUCUGCGCUUUCUUUCGUUGCAAGUCAACACGCGAGAGAUGUGUUUGCAAAGUAUGAUUUCCAUAAGCUUGCCUCUGAUUAUCUAAAAGGGUGAUUUACAGAUCACAGAAAAGUCGUUCUUUAGCUGAUCUGUCUCUUUGUUCCAUAGAACAGAGUUAUCUAUCGUUUCCUUGUGUCCCAAGUCUUUAAUGUGUGUUUGUACACGAACUAGUUUUGUUUCUCUGUAAGCAAAAGGUUCGAAUCUUAUCAAUUUAUAAUAAUAAUCAAUUUCAUUUUAGAAAAUUUCAUAUAUUAACAAAAAAAAAAACAAUCUUUAUCAAAAAUAAUUAAUUUCAUUUUCGUCAUUUUG